AUGUUUAUAGCUUGGUUGUUUAUACUAAUAUAGAUAACAAAUACAGAGAAUUCAUAUUGUUAAUGUGAUAAUGGAUUAGAAAAUGGAUUAUAUUGUUUUUAGACAAUAUAAAAUUGUUUAGAUUGUGGGAAUUAUGUUGUGAAUGAAAAAGAUAUAUGUACAAGUGUAACAAGUUGUGAUUAAUCAAUAUAAUAAUAAAAAGAUUGUAAAACAUGUUUUGAUAAUUAUUUAUUAUCAAAUGGAAAAUGUUGGUAAAAAAUAUUAUAUUGUGCAAUAUAAUUAGAUAGUAUAUGUUAAAAAUGUUAAGAUAAAUAUUUAUUGAAAAACUAAGAUGAUAAAAUUUAGAUUUGUAUUAAUAGUAAUGAGAUAUAAUAUUGUAAAUAUUAUUAAUAAAAUGGAAAAUGUAAUAAAUGUGAUAACAAUUAUCAUGUAUCUAUAAAUGCAACUUUAUGUUAUUAAGAUAUUAAAUAUUGUGAUAUACAUUAAGAUGAUAAAUGUUCAAACUGUAUUACUGGAUAUUCAAAACAUACAAAUUCUACAUUUUGUUUUCCUGAUAUUUUAAAUUGUUAAAUUGGAUCAACAUUUUAUAUAGAUGAAACAUAAAAGACAUAUUGUAAUAAAUGUAAUGAUGGUUAUUAAUCUACUGAAAAUAAAUUAUGUUCAUUAGAUGAUAAGAAUUGUCUAUUAUUUAAUUAAGAUUUGACAAUAUGUUUAAAAUGCAUUAAUGAUUACAUAUUAAUUGGUAAAAAAUGUGAAAAUUGUCCAAUUAAAUAUUGUAGUACUUGUGGAGAUUCAUAAAUCUUUAAGAAAAUUUGUUCAUAAUGUUAAACAGGUUAUGUAAAAGGAUCAAAUGCUCUAUCCUGUAUAGGUUAAUGUGAAAGUUAAACUUCUACAAUGACAAAUUGUGUUACUUGUUCAAAUUAAACAUGUACAAAAUGUUCAGAUGGAUAUUUUAUUAAUCCUUAAGGAAAAUGUACUUCUUGUUCUGCUAAAUAUGCAAGUUGUGAAUUAUGCAUUAUUAAUAAAUGUACAAGUUGUUCAAAUAAUUAUUAUUAUGAUAAUAGUAAAUAAUAUUGUUAUUUAUGUUCCACUUUCAAUACUGGUUGUUAAACUUGUUUAAAUUCAUUAUCAACAGGAACCACUAAUAAUAUUAUAUGUUAAAAAUGUGAACCUGGAUAUAUAUUAACUAGUACAUAAUAAUGUAUGAAGUGUGGUUAAUUAUUUGAAAAUUGUGAUACUUGCACUAAUCUAGGAAAUAGUUUUUAAUGUAAUACAUGUUUACCAGGUUACUUAAAAUUGACUGAUACAACAUAAGGUUCUGUUAAUCCUACAUUUUAUUGUUUAGAUUGUUCUGGAUCUAUUAUUAAUUUAUUAAAUUGUUAUAAAUGUGAAUUAUAAUCAGAUACUACAACAACCAAUCAAUAUAAUUGUAAAUUAUGUAAAGAUGGCUAUUAUCUAGAAGAAUAGAAUUGUCUCUAAUGUCCACCAACUUGUACACAAUGUACUUCACUUAAUACUUGUACAAGAUGUUAAACUUCACUCAUUCUAUAUAAUGGUUAAUGUACAUCAGAAACAACUGGAUUUUAAUUAACAUCUUCAACUAAUUCAAAUGAUGCAUUAGCUUAUGGUAAUAUCCUUAUUUCGAAAUCAAGUCUUGGACCUUUCCCAUUUAUAGGUACACUUAAUUCCAAAGGAUUUUUCUGUUAAAGUGAUAAAUAAUGCAAUAUGUAUGGUAGAUGUUUAUUGAUAUCUUGUAAAUGUAUUUAAAAUAUUGCUGGAAGUAGAUGUCAAUUCACUAUUACAUCUGAUUUUAUUAAAUUGCAAACUGAAUUAUUAACCUACUUAAAUACUUAAACUAUAUUUGAUCCAAAUUUUGUUGAAAUUAUUUAAUUGAUAUCAGAUACAACUUAUGCAGUCACAGAAAGCAACAUUAAAUCAUUUUAGUAAGCUCUUGAUAAAUAAAUAGCAUUACAUUUUGAUCUAAAAUACUUUACUGCCAUUGGAGCUAUUUCUAAAAACUUAUUUUAAUAAGAAAAUAUUGCUGCUUAGAAAUUAGCUAAUCUUGAUAAUUCAUUAUUUAAUGCAAUAUUAAAAUAAUCAGAAUCUAUUAUGAUUUCUGAAAUUUAAAAUACUGCAGGACCAUUUCAUAAAUAAAUUAUUGGAAAAUUUGAUUUAUUUAGUGAUGACUCAUAUUCCACAUUUAAAUAUAAUUUUGUAAAAUCAUAUGGUACUUGUGAUAAUGAUAAAAAAUUAUUAAGUCCAUAAAUUUAUUUUACUGAAGAAAAUCUUGCAGAAAUAAAAAUACUAUAAUCAGAUGCAUAAACUCCUCUUAUUUUCAAUUAAAUGCAUCUUUACUAUUAAAAUCAUAGAUCAUCAGGUUAAACUAUAAAUUCUACUAUAUCUAGAAUCUAAUUAAUAAAAUCUGGAAAAAUAUUACCAGUAAGUGGAAUGAAUAUGGUUAUUGUUGUUCCAAAAAGUGAUUAAUAUUAUGCUGAUUUAAAUGAAAAUAAUGUUUGUGUAUAAUGGAAUGAAGAUAAAUAAAUCUGGGAAAAUACUAAAGCUACAUUAUUAAAAUGUAAAUAUUACACUGUUUGUUAAGUAAAUAAUUUAGGUGAUUUUGGUACUUAUGUUUAGAUUAUUAGAAAUCUUACUACUAAUUCAUCUAGUUUAUCUAGUAUCUUUGAAAUUCCAUAAGGAUUUAAAUUUGUGAAAACUGUCUAAAAUUGUGCUUUUGCUAUUUCAAUGACUUUAAUAGGAUUAUUUUUAUCAUUUCUUACAUUACUAUGCAUUUUAUAUAAAAGACCAAUUAAAAAAAAAAAGUCAAAGAAAUUCUCUGAUAUAUAUGAAACUGUAUAAACUGGUAAUGCUUUAGUUUAGAAUCCAAUAAAUUAAAUCAAAAUUAGAAAGAAAUCAAAAAACUUUUGGAGUGUUUAUCCAAUAAAUGCCAUUUUUACAGCAUCUUCUUUAGAAUUCUCAUUAUAAAAGUUAUCACUUUAUAUAAUCUAAAUUUAAAUGUAUGUAACAUUUACAUCUGUAUAUUUAUCAUCAUUACCAUUCAAAUUUGGAAUGUUAACUGCCUAUUAUUUAUUAGUAAUCAUAUAAACUUGGAUUUGUAAUUAUUUGUAUGGAGGAUUAGCCUUAGCAUUCAGAAAGAAAAGAAAAGGAAAAGUUUUGGGUUUCUAUUGGAUUUUAUGGAUAAUUUUAUUUUUUGGGAAUAUGAUAAUAGGAAUAUGGUAAAUGUAUGGAUUGGAAUUUAAGUUUGAUAUGUAUUUAUUGGUUGGUGUUUUAAUAGAAUUCAUCUUAGAUUCAAUAUUUUGUGAUUUAUUUUUAACAUACUUAUAUUAGAGCUUAUUUAUAGAUGAAGUAGUAGGAAUAUUUAAGAUAAUAAAAUUUAAGGGANGUGAUAAUGAUAAAAAAUUAUUAAGUCCAUAAAUUUAUUUUACUGAAGAAAAUCUUGCAGAAAUAAAAAUACUAUAAUCAGAUGCAUAAACUCCUCUUAUUUUCAAUUAAAUGCAUCUUUACUAUUAAAAUCAUAGAUCAUCAGGUUAAACUAUAAAUUCUACUAUAUCUAGAAUCUAAUUAAUAAAAUCUGGAAAAAUAUUACCAGUAAGUGGAAUGAAUAUGGUUAUUGUUGUUCCAAAAAGUGAUUAAUAUUAUGCUGAUUUAAAUGAAAAUAAUGUUUGUGUAUAAUGGAAUGAAGAUAAAUAAAUCUGGGAAAAUACUAAAGCUACAUUAUUAAAAUGUAAAUAUUACACUGUUUGUUAAGUAAAUAAUUUAGGUGAUUUUGGUACUUAUGUUUAGAUUAUUAGAAAUCUUACUACUAAUUCAUCUAGUUUAUCUAGUAUCUUUGAAAUUCCAUAAGGAUUUAAAUUUGUGAAAACUGUCUAAAAUUGUGCUUUUGCUAUUUCAAUGACUUUAAUAGGAUUAUUUUUAUCAUUUCUUACAUUACUAUGCAUUUUAUAUAAAAGACCAAUUAAAAAAAAAAAGUCAAAGAAAUUCUCUGAUAUAUAUGAAACUGUAUAAACUGGUAAUGCUUUAGUUUAGAAUCCAAUAAAUUAAAUCAAAAUUAGAAAGAAAUCAAAAAACUUUUGGAGUGUUUAUCCAAUAAAUGCCAUUUUUACAGCAUCUUCUUUAGAAUUCUCAUUAUAAAAGUUAUCACUUUAUAUAAUCUAAAUUUAAAUGUAUGUAACAUUUACAUCUGUAUAUUUAUCAUCAUUACCAUUCAAAUUUGGAAUGUUAACUGCCUAUUAUUUAUUAGUAAUCAUAUAAACUUGGAUUUGUAAUUAUUUGUAUGGAGGAUUAGCCUUAGCAUUCAGAAAGAAAAGAAAAGGAAAAGUUUUGGGUUUCUAUUGGAUUUUAUGGAUAAUUUUAUUUUUUGGGAAUAUGAUAAUAGGAAUAUGGUAAAUGUAUGGAUUGGAAUUUAAGUUUGAUAUGUAUUUAUUGGUUGGUGUUUUAAUAGAAUUCAUCUUAGAUUCAAUAUUUUGUGAUUUAUUUUUAACAUACUUAUAUUAGAGCUUAUUUAUAGAUGAAGUAGUAGGAAUAUUUAAGAUAAUAAAAUUUAAGGGAUAUUAUGAAUAAUGA